AUGUCUGAAAGCACAACUUUAUUAAAUAAGAACUUAAAUAGUGUAUCUUAUGAUUCCACGCAGUUAAACAACGGCAACUAUUUUCAUUGCCAUGAUGAGCCAAGUAAGGAUGAUCAAGCAAAAUCCGCUAAAGCUAUUCGUAUUUUAUGGAUUUCUGUCGUAAUAUGUCUAUUUUUUAUGACAUGUGAAGUAAUAGGUGGAUUUUGGGCAAAAUCGCUAGCGAUCGUCACGGAUGCUGCACAUUUGAUACGAAACUAUGAUGGCACACUAGUGGGUACAGCAGAAUUUAAGGAUGGAGAGAAUAGUAGCGAUGAAGAGUGCAGAAUGAAAGAAGCGAAGCUUAAGAGAAAAAGGGCCAUGUUCGCAAACUGUUACAUGUGUCAGAUUGAUCCCUCGAGCCAACAUUUGCACACCCUUGGAAACGAAUCAGCGAAAUAUGAUCAAAUAAAACGAGUUAAAAAGAGGGAGAGAAAAAUGGACGAAUUCCAUAAAAUCUACGAUCUUCAAAUAAACUUCGCUCCAGAAAGUAUGCCAGAAUUUUUAGUACGUGGUGAAAAUAUUGCUUUUAUUCGUGCUGGUGGAUCACUUUAUACGAGAAGAUGUUUGAAAACGUUUCGACGAACCGAGUACGCUGAUCAUCAUGUUUCUCAACAUGUUCGAUCUAUUGAUAGUUUAUCGGAUUUGGUUGUAAGAUGUCCGAAUUGGAUGCGUGGAUGUUUGUUUUAUACGAAACGUUUAACACCGAAAAGUGGAAAAAUUAGUAUUCGUCCACUGGAUUCACUUCCUGCAUGGCUAAUUAUUUCUUUAAUUGACUAUUUACCAAAUUCCGCUAUACGAUCACUUUCUCAAACGUGCAGGGCUUUACGAUCUGUAGUAUUCGCUUGUGCAAAGGAUCGAUCUAUGGUCAGUUUAGUAUGGGAGAAAUGCGAUGGAUGUUGGGUGGAAAGUGGCAUAGCUAUUGAUUUCUCAGUUGCCGACAAGACACCAGAAUAUGUAUGGGAACCAGCACAAGAACUCUGUAACCAUCUUUCUAAUUGUACAUAUCGUGACGUUGUGGAAUAUCCAGAAGAACGUGUACCUGUUUUAGCAACUAAUCUUCAACAAAUCACUAAAGAAUUCAUGUUAAGACUUCCAUUUGUCGCUUGA